AUGGGCUUCUUAAGCUUCCUCUCUCGAAAGCCGGGUGACAAGAGCAAGAGCAAUGGUCUCCCAAAGCUAGGCUCCUUUGGCUCUACUGCGGCACAAGUUGCUACUCCUCGAGUGCCAUAUUCAUCCUCGGGUGGUGCGUCUAGUGCUGUGCACACCCUUCCACGAGACCGCUCCAGGUUCAGUCGGACACAGCUCUCCUUGGAUGACGAACAUGCGGCAGACCCGGUGGCGCCAGCGCCGUCCAUUUCUCGGUUCCGCGAAGAGAGCAUGGAGAGGCCGAGCACGGCGCCGCCCGACCAAGGUCAAUCAGAUGCCAUCUGGGCAACCGCCGGCCGCCGUGUGAAGAAGACGGCCGCAAGAGGGCCACCUCCUCUUUCUUUCCGCAUGCUGAGGUCAAGCACUGCAGCUCCGGGGCCUCGCCCCUCUUCGCAUGGCUCUGGGGACUCGGCUCCUCGUGCCACAUUUAGCUCUCAUUCUCGAAGCAACUCGAUUCGAAGCGAUAGCGGGCGGGGCUUCAAGGACAUCCUCGACGCCCAGUCUGAAAUCAACCCGGCCGAUUUCAAGACCAGAGUACAAGCAGCCGGCGCCAGGGACUACGGCGAGGACGUCGCCGAGAGGAAUAUGGGCCAGAACGGCUUCGAGCUCGAAUCGCCCCACGUGCAGGCUUUCUACGCCCAACUGAACGGGUCACAGCAUCAGCAGCAUGCGAGGAACGCCGACAGCCUGCCGCAUCGCAGGCCGACCCCCGCCAUAUAUGCGUCUGGCGCGCGCACAAAGUCCAUGACCUCGUCUAGUCACUACCCUCUACCCAAGACCGCCGCCGCCGCCGCCGCCGCCGCCACCCGUGCCCCCCGGACCACCAAAUCUAGUUCCACCUUCCACUUCCCCCCCAGUAGCCCUAGCUUGCGCCCCCUGAAACGCCCCCAGUCCAUCGGCACUUAUAUGUCGAGCACUUCUUUGCACCGUGCAAACGGCACUUUGGCGGCAAGGCACUUUUCUGCCCAGAACGGGGGCAUUCUCAUCGAUGCCUCACGGAACGCUCUCGUUCAUGAGGGUGAAAAGUUUCCGGCUCUGAGCUCGCCCAUCGUCCUCGCUCCCCCCAAGACACGGCACGACGCUGGCCGCCCGCCGCGGAUCCCUCGCGACUCGGUCAUGCUGGCCAAGAAGAAAUCGGGCAUACCGCUCGCCGUCCCUGUUGUUGAUGAUGAUGAAGCUAUAUCCGACAUUCACAGUCGCAGCGAAAGGUCCUUCUCCCUGCGGCCAUCCAUCCUCCCCUCCCACCACGAAGCAAUCAUCACUAGCUCCUCCUCUACUUCACUCCCGCGCAAGCGCCACAGCCUACACACUUUGCAGUCCUCUGUUUCGUUGUCGUCCUUUGCUGGUCGAGAGACUGUUGCUGCUACCGAAUUCACCCCCUUGGCUUACCCCCGCAGCAAACUCCGCCGCAUCAACCCGCCGACUACUCCCCAGGAGGCCCCGUCUAACCCCUCCGCCAGCGAGACCAUGUCUGUCUUAGAAGACGUCUCCCCUGUAGAUUCUGCGCCAUCGCCUCUUGUGAGGGGCGCUCCUUCUAUUACCCAUAAGGCCCGCGAGAGGCCCGAGAGCAUUGCGGCGGCGAGGGGUCUCUCCGUGGUGCCAGUCACGGGCAGCAGCAACCUAGACGAGUUCUCGGAGCACGCCUCGUUGCGAAACCGCAGCAUGCGCGGGUGGUCCGCGUCGUCGGCCACGCCCACGGCGUCCGACAUCAGCUCCAACCAGCGGCCGCAGUCGCCCCACACGGCCAACACGUCCAUCAACCUCAGCAGCUCGUGCUCGCCCGUGCAGUCGUCCAGAGAAAGCUCGCUCGACAACGGCACCGGCCUGUCGCCCAAGACGCCGCAGUCCGUCGCGUUCAACAUCGACGACUACGUGUCGUCGGACGACGACUCCUUCUCCACAUGCCAGCGGCCGCCGCGCGGCGAGGGCGAGGAAGACCUGCUCUUCCGCGACGACGUCGGCUACGGCGUGCACGGCACGCAGCUUCCGGGGCUGUUCGACGCGCUGUCCAUCGCCGACGGCGCUCCGCAAUCCUCCCCACAACAAAAGAGGAUGAUGAUGGAGGGGCUGCACGCGCACUCGCUCACGGCCCUGUCGCCAGUCUACGAUGCUGGCACAUUCGGCCGCUCGCGGCGAUUCAUUCUCGACACGGCCGCUGACGACGACGAUGACGACGACAACUACUACUUGGACGGCGCAGAAGUGUUUUUGCUGCGCACGCUGCAAGGGACCGGGACGACGCGGCUGUCGGCGCUGCACAGCGGCAGCAGCCGGACGAGCCAGCAGCAGCAGCAGCACGCGACCGCGGGCGACGUGAUCGAGGAGGAGCGCGAGGGCAAAGUCGACGUCGCGGCAGCCGUCAAGCUGCGCAAGGAAGUCAAGGCCCGGAAGAGGGCGCAAGCAUUGUCAUCGUCAUCUUCCAGGGCGCGGCGAGCACAGUCUGCUGCGCCGGUCUUGUCGGGGAGGAAGAGUGAGGUCGCCUUAACAGCAGCAGCAACAACAACUCCUACACUCAUAGUAACGGCGGCAGCAGCGUCACUGCCGCCGCCACAGCCAAUAUCCUUGGCAAGCGGGAUACACAACCAAGCCGCAACUCACGAUGAGGACGAGGAUGAGGUGAACAACGCCGACGUGGAGUGA